AAGAAGCUAUUCUUGCAGCUCGAGAAUCUAAACACUUCUAUUGUUUUUGAGAAACAACAGGGGCUUGUUAGGGUAAUAAAGUCAAGAUGCCAAAGAGAACAAAUCCAUUUGGUGACAGCUCACCACUACAAUUUAAGACUCAUGUGGGAACAAAAGAAAUUGACAUGGGCGUGUGUCAUCAGCAGAAUAUGAAGCAAGUCUAUGAAAAAACAAAAGAUUUAUUAUUCAAAGGUGCACAAAAACAGGAAUCGGUGUAUAAUAUUGAUGCUAACUCCAACCAUAUUUUAGAACCAGAACCGUUACAAAUGACAACUGAUCUACCUGCCGGUCAAAUGUGUUUUGAUAAAGAUGGUCAAUUAACAACUACCUCUACUGUUAAUCAAAGUCACUCUAUAGAUUCUAAUAUGUGUAUGUCCAUUGAAAAUCAGUCAAAUCAAUUUAAGUUUGGUAAACAGAAACAGUCACAAGAUCCCAAUGCCUGUUUUAGUUGUAGAAAGCCAGUUAUACCUCAUCUUAAAAUCCGAUGUCAUUUCUGUGACAAGAUUGUAUGUUCUACAUGUAGCAGAAACUGUGAUGACUGUACACACACUUAUUGUCAGAUGUGUUCUGUAUUAAAUUAUGAUGAAGCUAUGGAAAGGGCUUUCUGUUUUAAUUGCUCAUCAUGAAAUGACGUGGAACAGUUGGGAGUAAAAGGAGUGGAUCUCAAAGUGCUGUAAUUGAUAAAUGUUGAGAAAUGACAUGUGCAAUGUCCAGUGCAGAUUUUUUUUUUCUACCAUGAGCACAUUAUCUCACAGAAAUGAAAUUAUUAUUAUUCAUUAAUCAUAUGACAGUUGUGUUUGAUGUUAUUCACAAAAAUUCACAAAACUCAGCCGUAUACUUAUAUCAUUAUUACUCGUCUUCUGCUUUCAUAUAGUUAUUUUGAGACGGGACGAUUUACCCAAUAAUACCCAAUACUAAUUAAGUACUACCACAUUAUCGUCAAAAACUAAUAUAAUACUUCAAUUAUAUAAAAACAAAAUUGAGUUAAUUCGUGGAAAACAUGCAAAAAAAUGUACGACAAACGUGAUUGUCAAUGUCUCGCUAUUAUCCCCAUUGAUCCCCCAAUACUUACAAAUAUUAACUCAUGCUAUCAAGAAACAAUCCAUUUAUGUAAAAUAAUAGGCCAAUAUUACAAAAAGAUGAGAUAAAAGUACAAUUAAUUGGAUAAUGAUUUGUUAGUUUAUUUUAAAAAAAUUAUUUAUUCAAUGUUUAGCCAUUUCAUUUAUAACUAAUACUAAUUGAUAUUUCAAAUGUUUACACAUUUUAUAGGAAUUAUCUCAUUGAUAUUGAAGUGAUUGAAGAAUUUUGUCAGUUUUGGAUAAUCAUAAAGUAGUAUUUUGUAGUAUUAGUUUAGAACUGGGAGGUAUUUGGUCAUAUUUUGCGAGUCUUUCAGACAGUUGUGCUACUGGGUACUGAUACUAUAAAUAGACUCUUCCAGUUUAUUGUAAAUAUUUGCUAAUUCCACAAAUUAUGUGAAUUUUGUUUUUGCAUAAUUCAACAAGUGUGCUAGUUUCUCUCAAUAAUGAGUUAGUAUGUGGUGGUAUUUAGUAGUAUUUAAUUAAUAUUGGGUAAAUCGCCCUGUCAGUUAUUUUGUAGCAAUAUACAUGAUGUAUAUACUAGUCAAACUAUUCAGAAAUUUACAGUGUUCAUCUUCUAUUAAUUAACAGUUUUAAUGCUCUAAUCCACAAUAUUAGUUGGUUUGUUUUGGUGAUAAAACUUUGUUGUGAUAAAACAGAAUUUCAAGUUUUGAUACAGUUUUCAAAAAUUAAAAAUCUCAUUUAACAGAAUUCUUAGCUGUCUGAAAAAGAAAUAAAAUAUAAAAAGACGGAUUGUCCAGCCAAUGCUGAUGAAAACAACCAACAAGGGCCAUAACCCUGGCAGUAAUUAUCUGAAAUUGUUGAAAACCAAUAGGCUUCUUUAUUUGUCUACUGACCAUAAACAGUUAAACACUUUAUUAGUUUACAGUGAAUUGGAUGAUAACUUUAGUCUCUAGAGUGUUCAAAAGACUUUUCAAAGUGAUCAAUGGACAUAAAUAUGGCCGCCAUUAUCGGAAAUUGCUGAAAAAUCUACCAGCCUCUUCGUCUCAUGAUCUUAAAUACUGUGUAAUUAUACCAUAAAAUCAAAGUAAUUUCAAUGUGGGCGUAGAAAAAUUGUUCUUUCAUGUGCAUUUGAUCUUUACAUUUUCCUUUAUUAUAGCUCAUAAUUUCAUGUAGAAAGUCUUUAUAUAAUGUACUGUAGCUUUAAACUAUUUUCAAGCAAUGUUUUAAUGCAUCUUAUUUCCACCAGUAGAAUUGUGAAGGGGAGAUAACUUAGAGUUUAGAGAAAAACGGUUGUUGAAUGAUACUGUACUAUACAUUGAAUUUGUUGAUUUAUUUUUUUUCAUAUUUCCAUACAAUUGUACAUAUAUGUAUAUAUAUAGUGUACACCAUUUAUGAAUUCAUAAUAAAAGUUCAAAUUUAGUUUUCUUGAACAAAUUUAAA